AUGGUUAAAUUUUCAUCAUUUAAAACAAGACGAUUUAAUGAUAUAAUCUCACAAAUAACUUCAUUCCCUAAUCCAUUUCACGCUAGAGAAGCACUAAGAGGUCGAAAACGUCUUAUAUCAAAAGAUGGAAAUAUUAAUUUUCAAAGAUUAAAUAUUGAACAUCAUCGUCGUUAUCUUCAAGAUAUAUUUACCUCAUUAUUAGAUUUAACAUGGUUAUGGAUCUUAACAUUAUUUGUUAUUUGUUUUGUAACAUCUUGGGUAUUUUUUGCUUUAAUUUGGUAUAUUAUAAUGGUUGUUCAUGGAGAUUUUUCAUCAAAUAAUUCCAAUUCAACUAAUAGAUGUGUUAAUGGUGUGGAAACAUUUGGUGGAUUAAUUCUUUAUUCAAUUGAAACUCAACAAACAAUUGGUUAUGGAACACGUGCAGUGACUGAAAAUUGUACAGCUGGAAUAUUUCUUUUAAUAAUUCAAAGUUGUUUUGGUCUUAUUAUUCAAGCAUUAUGGGUUGGUCUUGUUUAUACAAAAUUAUCUCGUCCAAAAAAACGUCGUCGAACAUUAAUGUGGUCUGACAAAGCUCUUAUUACAAUUCGAGAUGGUUAUUUAACAUUACAAUGUCGUUUAGGAGAUAUGAGAUAUCGAUCAACUCUAGUUGAAGCUCAUAUAAGAAUGUAUUUUGUUUCAAAACGUCUAACAAAAGAAAAUGAAAUAAUUCCUUUAAAUUUAAUUGAUAUGAAUGUUGGGUAUGAUGAAGGAAAAGAUAGAUUAUUUUUUAAUUGGCCAAUUAUUAUUGAACAUAAAAUAAAUGAUAAGAGUCCUUUAUUUGAUUUUGAUAAAGAACAAAUUUUAAAAGAAAAAUUUGAAAUAUUAAUUGUUCUAGAAGGAAUUAUUGAACCAACUGGAAUGGUUACACAAGCUAGAACUUCGUACAUGCCGGAUGAAAUUGUUUGGGGAGCGAGAUUUGAAAGAAUGAUUCAUUUUUUACAACAUCAAUAUGUUGUUGAUUAUUCAAAAUUUAAUUCAUUUAUUUAUGAUAAUUUUACAACUCAUUUAUCAGCUAAACAAUUUCAAGAACAACAACAACAAACGAAUUCAAAUUCAAAUUAA